AAGAAGAAAAAAGAGUAUUGUCAAGACCGUAUCGUCUGGAAGCGUGCACAUCAGGCGUCAGACGUUCGAGAUGGAACUGAAUUUAAACCGCGUAGAUUACAUUCAGGUGGACGCCACGUGCAGCAAAGCUGCGAGACUGCUCCCCGCUUCCGAACACAAGGCUUGUCAAAAGGUUGUUGUAGGAAGUCAGUCAGGAGUCCUCCAUUGCUUUGGAAUAUCAAGGGGUCAAGUGGAGACCAUCUUUAAGACGCUUCCUGGAAAGUCCGUCAGUCGGGUCGAACUAGGCGGAGCCGUGGGCAGCAUUCAGGACAAAAUAUUCAUGGCGGCGGGCAACGAAGUAUGUGGUUACACGCGCAAAGGAAAACAGUUCCUCAAGUUUGACACCAACAUCACCGACACCAUACGAUGCAUGAGCGUGUGCGGAAACGAUCUGAUGGUUUGCGGGGAGUAUGUGUACAACCACUACUUCGAGUGCCAGGACAAAAAUUACUUUCUCUCCGGAGGCAGAAUUAACGACAUGAUUGUCCUUCCGGCCGAGAAGCUCAAGACCCUCGUGCCUGUCCUGGCAUGCCAGGACAGGCUUCUCAGAGUUCUCAAGGACUCCCAAUGCCAGCUUGAAAUCGAGGUCUCCGGGCCAGUAACGGCUCUUGCACUGUUCCAGGACGAUGGCGGUGUGACAGGACGAGACGUUUUGUAUGGAACGAGCGACGGCAAAGUAGGGCUUAUUUCAAUCGAAAAGGCAUCUGCAACGCCGGUCUGGGAGCUGGAGGGCAGCAGUGGUGAAGGAAGUGUGACCUGUCUGGGUAACUACGACAUGACCGGUGAUGGCAUCAAGGAUCUCCUGGUUGGCAGGAUCGACGGCCAGAUCGAAGUCUACGCCUACAACGACGUCGAUGAACCGGUGCUGAGGUUCUCUUACAACUGUGGAGAAAGUGUUACCUCAGUUCUGGGUGGUGUCGUCAGCACCGCGAAAUACGACGAGGUCAUUGUCACAACAUUCAGCGGUUGGGUGUUUGGUUUGUCCUCAGAACACGCAGAAAAGCGUCUCGAUCCCAACUACUUGCUCAUCUCUCCGGAAUCAGCGCAAAAGAUACUCAAGCUCAAGGAGGAGGUGGAGCAGUUGGAAGCCAAGGUUGCCAAGGAGAGGGAAAACUACCAGCUGGCCACUUACUCGGACAAGGGCGCGGUGUCGGCCGUGCCCUUCUUCGGCAUCGAGGACUCCUUCGUGCUGAACAGACGGGACGCCUCGUACACGCUCAGCAUCCAGGUGCAGACGGCCAUCGACACCAUCUUGCUGCAGUGCAACGUACCUGUGGACUUACUGGACAGCGACAAGAAUUCCGCCGUUGUCAGCUACACGCCGUGCGAUUCUCAGGAGAGCGGCAACUACCUCCUGGCGACGUUCCGGUGUCAGGCGAACACGUCCCGGCUGGAGGUCAAGCUGCGCACCAUCGAAGGCCAGGCGGGGGUGCUGCGGGCCUACGUGAGCCCCGUGCUGCAGCCCAAGUGCUGCCAGCUGCGCGAGUACCAGCUCAAGCCGCUCUCGCUCCACUGCAGGACGCACACGCCGCACGAAGACAAGCCUCUGAACGUGCUGACACUCCGCGGCACCUUCAGCGUGGGCGAGAUGCACUCUUGGGUUGUGCUGAGUCUUCCCGAGGUUCCCGAGAGGGCGCCGGCCACGGACCCGGCCACGCUGUACUUUGUCUCUACUUUCCUGGGCACCGUCUUGGACUGCGUUUACACGCGCGGCGAAGCCACGUUCAAAUCGGAUAACAUCUCGACCAUUUCCAUCUUGAAGGAUGUGCUCACUAAGGAAGCGACUAGGAAAAAAAUCAGUUUGGAUAUUUCCUGCGACAUCAACGAGGACAGCAUUCUCCACACGCUCAAGCUGAUCGAUCCAAAACUUGAACAUCAACUUCUUCUGGCGAAAAAAGUGCAACUUAUCGACGCUCUCAAGGAUUUGAAAAUGCACGAGGGCAAUGUGGACUUUCUCGCCGACGAGUACAGAGACAUCCUGGAGAACAGCGAAGCGCUCGAGGCGGAAUUCAAGCGCCAACCCUGCCACCUGGAGAGACUCUAUGGAAUGAUAACGGACCUGUUCAUCGAUGUCUACAAGUUCCGAGGCAACAACGUGAAAAGCAAGGUGCCGGCGCUUCUUCAAAUCCUCGACCACUACGACUUUAAAUCACUGGCCGAUUUUUUCACAAAUAAAGUGUGACAACCGACGA